CUGGCCACGCCGCGCGCGCAGAUGGCAUGCCGCUCGCGCAGAUGGCAUGCUCGCGCUCCCGGCGCGUGGCCCGGCCUCUGACUAAGAUAUUUCGCCCGCCCGUGUCUCUACUCAGGAAGCCACGUGACGCCGCACUCGGAUCUUUGGAAGUCAGUGGAGGCGGCCGCCCAACGUUAUCAGCUUCGGUGUGUCUUUGCGCGAGCCCCAGCUUCCUGGCUAUAAAUGUCAACCAACAAGUGCCCUCUUCUCUGCAUAGAGAUCGAGAUGGCGGCUGAGCGCGGGAGCAGGGAGGGGAGGUGGACCCUGGCCGCCGCCAGGGCGCUCAUCACCGGCGGCAGCAAAGGGAUCGGGUACGCCAUCGUGGAGGAGCUCGCCGGGUUCGGUGCGAGGGUGCACGCCUGCUCCCGGAACGCGGCGGAGCUGGAGGAGUGCCGACGGCGAUGGGAGGAGAAGGGCCUGCAUGUCACCGUCUCCGCCUGCGACGUCUCCGUGCGCGCCGACAGGGAGAGGCUCAUGGACACCGUCCGGCAGACCUUCAACGGCAAGCUCGACAUACUAGUGAACAACGCGGGGCAACUGCUGGUGAAGCCCACCGCGGAGUGCACGGCGGAGGAGUACUCCAAGGUGAUGGCUACCAACCUGGAGUCGAGCUUCCAUCUCUGCCAACUCGCGCGCCCUCUUCUCGUACACGCCGGAGGAGGCAGCAUCAUCAACAUGUCCUCCAUUGGAGGCUCAAUUGGCUUCGUAGGCUCUGCAAUCUACGCUAUCACAAAAGGUGCAAUGAACCAGCUUACUAGGAGUUUGGCCGCUGAGUGGGCUCCCACCAACAUCCGUGUGAAUGGCGUGGCCCCAGGAUUUAUCACAACCGAUAUGAUCAAAGAUAUGGAUACAGAGUCCUUGGAGCGGGAGCACUCAAAGACCCCGUUACUGCGGAGCGGCAAGCCGGUCGAGAUCGCCUCGGCGGUGGCAUUCCUAUGUAUGCCGGCAGCUUCCUUCAUCACCGGCCAGGUCAUUUGUGUCGAUGGCGGUCGAACUAUUAGCGCUUAAUUAGCCAGCACCACCACUGCAUAAGUUACUCGGGCGAAUAGUUAAGUAGAGUGUGGGAGAGUGAAACAAAAAUUAGUGAAUAGACAAAUAAAUUAGUGAUGCCAACUAGUGUCAUCAUCUACAAUAAGUAUAUGUCAGUAUGUAGUGUGGAUUUCUACAAAGUUUCUGUAUUGGACAUCUUUUAAUGGUUGCUGGUUCUACACUGUAGAUGGAUGGGGGACUAUUGUUCUGUUAGUACUGGAAUUCUAGUGAGCAAUUGAACCACCCUUUCCUUGAGUGGAUGUAGCCACCAAUGUGUUAACCAAAUUUUGUUCCACUAGUAGUCGUGAUUUG